AGCAACACGUCGCACGCAAGCAGUUUUGCGGCGACCUUUGUUCCGCGACGUUGCAUCGCGCGUCGUUUGUCGCAACAUGGACAUGGAUAAAAACAUAGUGCUGGCACAAUCGGUGGCCAAAUUCCCCUGCCUCUACAAAUCUGAUUCAAUAGAGUAUUUAAGAAAGCCCUUAACUGAACGAGCAUGGCUUAAAAUCAGUAAAGAAACAAACUUAACAGUUCAGGAAUGCAAAGAGAGAUGGAAGCACCUGAGAUAUGGAUUGGUGCGAAGCUUACGACCUUCUCGUCAUGGUUUAGCGAAAAAGAAAUAUUACUUACAUAACAAUAUGAAGUUUUUAAUUCCCUACUUGGGAACUUCUGGCACGAAUUCGAAUGAGAAAACAAUACAGCAUGAUGAAGAAUUUGAAGACUUUCAUGACGAAGUUCAUGAAAAUCCUUUGGAGGACGAUAAGUUCAAUAUGACUCAUGUUGUUGAAACUUAUAUAAGUGAUGAUGAAGAAUCAAUUAACAAGAAACCCAAAAUAAAUGAAACGCAACACAAUCAUGUUGAACAUGAAAACCAAACACAGCCUUACACAUUCGAAGAGGAUCCACGCAGAAUGUUUCUUCUCAGUUUGUUGCCCGAAAUCGCAGAUUUCUCUGAGAAUCAAAUGAAAACGUUUAGGAGAAGAAUUUAUGGACUAUUAGAUGAAAUAAAUAAAGAUCCCACAUAAAAU